GAACUUCCCAUUCAGGCUUCUAAUGUCUGGGCUGUGAUCACUAACCAGCCAUCACUGCUGAUGAAGGGCCAAGAGAAGUGGAAGUGUGAAACCUCACGAAAAUGACGGUUGGGGUGGUUACAACUUACAUAGAUUUCUACGUGUUUUUAGGGGGGCUCUAUCUAUUUUCGGUGGUUUCUUCGAAGCUAACAGCAGGCAGGCGAUAAAUGCAAAGAAGCUGCUUUGAUUUUUGCCUUGGGUUGACUGGUUGAUUCAACCACUUGGGACAACCCCACCAAAUACGCUUGCACAAACAGUUGGGGUUAGGCAGCAGGUGGAGGGAAGUUUGGAUUAAUGGCUGGUCCAACUGAACGCCCAGUUCUUGAAAACCACUAUAUAAAGGCGGCGACUGAGGAGAAUAACGAUAAGAACAAGGAAGACGAGGAGGAGAAACAAGGCGGAAGAGAAAUGGCGCCGCCGGCUGCCAACCCAAUUCAUCGAUCGAGCUCGCGGCCUCAGCUCGACCUCAGCGGCGCAGCUAUUCAGGGGAAUUUUGAGGAGAGAGAUCCAACAAUUCUGUUGCCUAACCAGUCUGAUGAUAUCUCUCAUUUAUCUCUGGACAUUGGAGGAUCACUGAUUAAGUUGGUAUAUUUCUCAAGACACGAGGAUCGCUCAGUUGAUGAUAAGAGGAAGAGAUCUCUAAAAGAGAGACUGGGGGUUUCUAAUGGUAAUAGGAGAAGUUAUCCCAUUCUAGGUGGGAGGCUCCAUUUUGUGAAGUUCGAGACAAGCAAGAUUAAUGAGUGCUUAGAUUUUAUUUCUUCCAAGCAGCUUCACCGUGGUGGGACUGAUUCACAAUGUUGGCAUUCUGGGGCCACAGCCAAUGAAGAUGCAAUAAUUAAGGCCACAGGUGGUGGCGCAUACAAAUUUGCAGACCUCUUCAAAGAGAGACUUGGAGUUAGCAUCGAUAAGGAAGAUGAAAUGGAUUGUCUGGUAGCUGGAGCAAAUUUUUUGCUUAAGGCAAUUCGUCAUGAAGCUUUCACACACAUGGAGGGUCAUAAAGAAUUUGUCCAGAUUGACCAUAAUGAUUUGUUCCCUUAUCUCCUUGUUAACAUUGGAUCUGGUGUUAGCAUGAUCAAGGUAGAUGGUGAAGGGAAGUUUCAGCGGGUUAGUGGGACCAAUGUUGGUGGUGGUACUUAUUGGGGCCUGGGAAGGCUUUUAACAAAGUGCAAAAGUUUUGAUGAGUUGCUGGAGUUGAGUCAACGUGGAGAUAAUAGGAAAAUAGACAUGCUUGUUGGAGACAUCUAUGGUGGCAUGGAUUAUAGCAAGAUUGGCCUGUCAGCGUCGACCAUUGCUUCUAGCUUUGGCAAGGCAAUUUAUGAAAAUAAGGAGCUUGAAGACUACAGACCUGAAGAUAUUUCCUUAUCCCUUCUACGAAUGAUUUCAUAUAAUAUUGGGCAGAUCUCUUAUUUGAAUGCACUUCGGUUUGGGAUAAAGAGGAUAUUUUUUGGAGGAUUCUUCAUAAGAGGCCAUGCUUACACCAUGGAUACUAUUUCUUUUGCAGUUCAUUUCUGGUCAAAAGGUGAGGCAAAAGCAAUGUUUUUGCGGCAUGAAGGGUUCCUGGGAGCUUUGGGUGCAUUCAUGAGCUAUGAAAAGCAUGGACUUGAUGUCUUGAUGGCCCAUCAGUUAGUGGAACGAUUCCCAAUGGGUGCACCUUAUGUGGGAGGAAAAAUUCAUGGCCCACCACUUGGGGAUUUGAAUGAGAAGAUUUCAUGGAUGGAGAAGUUUGUCCAGAAGGGGACUGAAAUUAUUGCUCCAGUGCCAAUGGCACCACCUGGAACUACUGGGCUUGGAGGCUUUGAAGUACCUUCUUCCAAGGGAGAUACUCUCCGCUCUGAUGCAAGUGCUGCUUUAAAUGUUGGUGUGCUUCAUCUUGUGCCCACAUUGGAGGUUUUUCCAUUAUUAAUGGACCCAAAGACGUAUGAGCCUAACACUAUUGAUCUCUCAGAUCACAAUGAACUUGAGUAUUGGUUUACUGUGUUAUCAGAACAUCUUCCUGACCUUGUUGAUAAGGCAGUUGCCAGUGAAGGUGGAACAGAUGAUGCAAAAAGAAGGGGUGAUGCUUUUGCUCGUGCAUUCUCUGCCCAUUUGCGAAGGUUGAUGGAGGAGCCAGCUGCUUAUGGAAAGUUGGGACUGGCCAACCUUUUGGAACUGAGGGAGGAGUGCUUGAGGGAAUUCCAUUUUGUUGAUGCCUAUAGAAGCAUAAAACAGAGGGAAAAUGAAGCGUCUCUUGCUGUUUUACCUGAUCUUCUCAUGGAGCUUGACAGUAUGAAUGAGGAGACAAGACUGCUAGCCCUAAUUGAAGGUGUACUUGCAGCAAAUAUCUUUGAUUGGGGUUCUCGUGCCUGUGUGGAUCUUUAUCACAAAGGGACCAUCAUUGAAAUAUAUCGAAUGAGUCGCAAAAAGAUGCAACGGCCUUGGCAGGUGGAUGAUUAUGACAUCUUUAAGGAGAGAAUGCUGGGUUCUGGAGAGAAGAACCCUAGGCCACAUAGAAGAGCAUUGCUGUUUGUGGACAAUUCAGGUGCUGACAUUGUUCUUGGGAUGCUUCCACUGGCACGGGAACUGCUUCGCCGUGGUACAGAGGUUGUUCUGAUUGCAAACUCCCUUCCUGCACUAAAUGAUGUAACUGCAAUGGAACUUCCUGAAAUUGUAGCUGAGGCUGCCAAGCAUUGUGAUAUCCUUCGCAAAGCUGCUGAAGCAGGAGGUUUGCUUGUAGAUGCAAUGAUAAAUGUCCAAGAUGAUUCUAAAGGGAAUUCAUCAUCAGUUCCUCUGAUGGUUGUUGAAAAUGGGUGUGGAAGUCCAUGCAUAGACCUCCGGCAGGUCAGCUCAGAGCUAGCUGCUGCUGCAAAAGAUGCCGACCUGGUAAUCUUGGAAGGAAUGGGUCGUGCUCUUCAUACUAACUUCAAUGCUCAUUUCAAAUGCGAUGCUCUAAAGCUUGCAAUGGUGAAGAAUCAGAGGCUGGCAGAAAAAUUGAUCAAAGGAAAUAUAUACAGCUGUGUCUGCCGAUAUGAGCCAUUUGCUUGAAAGCCCCUGUCAUCAAAGUUAAAAUUUUACUUGUUUCAUGUCUCAAGUUGAGUGGUGAACAGUUACGACUUUGCAGAAUGACAACCUCUCAGUGUAAAAAGUUGGAUAUAAGUCUCCUUUAGGCUGGAUUAUGUCUUGGAAUUGCUGAUUGGAGGGGAAUCGGAGCACCAAAUAUCCAAUUGAAUCAGGUUGGCAUUUUCUUGACCCAAUAUUUAUCUUAAAAAGUUAUAUAAGAAACAGUUAUUUAAGAUAUUGACUAUUGGAAGGACAAAAGGAAGUUGUAUAAAUCGUAGAGUAACGUCCAGUUUACUGAGCGUUCAAUGAUGAAAAAGUCUUUUUAAGUUUCAAAUGGUUUUGAAUAGAGAAAGGUCGAUUGAGCUCGCCCAAUUUGUUGCAA